AUGGCUCAUCUUCAAGAUCUAGACAGGCAGUUGGCCUCACUGCAAGCAACUCCUGCUACACUAGCUGUUCUGAAAGACCUUCAUACUCAAGCUCUCACUGAGCCUCCUUACGUCAGCACUGACAGUCAACCUGCUUCAGUUGCCUUGGAAAGAUUUGUGGCCCUGGAGCCGGAUAAGUGCGCUCUGGUCUACCUCAUUCUACGUGCCACCGGGGCAAGACACGUCGUCGAGGCCGGAACCUCCUUUGGCGUCAGCACAAUCUGGCUUGCCCUCGCUGUGGGACAAAAUUCAGUGGCACAAGGUGUCGGGGGCAAAGUGAUCGCUACGGAGAACGAGUCAUCCAAAGCCAAGAAAGCCCGGGAGAACUGGAGAAGGGCGGGAUCUGAGGUUGAAUCCUGGAUUGAAUUAAGAGAGGGUGACCUGCGAGAGACACUGAAGACUGAUUUGCCAGAGGAAAUUGACUUUUUGCUACUUGACAUCUGGUCACAGCUUGCGAUGCCUACACUCGCUCUGGUGAAGCCGCAUCUAAAAUCUGGCGCCUUGAUCGUCAUUGACAACAUCAUUUCUGGCCAAGCAGGCUACAAGGAUCUGAUUGAGCAUCUCGACGAUCCUAAGAAUGGGUUCAAGACAACUACGGCUCCGUAUAACGGAGGCUUGCGUUUAGCUGUAUACCUGGGCAAUUAGAUGAGUUCAGACCGAUAGAUUAGGACAAUCGAGGUGGUGGACGAUAUCAGUCCCAUGGAUGCAUGUCAAUACGUCAAAAUGUUGAUCAAGAAAGAGAGCUUAUAGGAACUUCAAGUCAUAAGAGGAAAACCCCUUUCAGAUAUCUUCAUUCCAAGUUUCGUGCCAUGCUCAUAGAGCCUGGAUCAUUCCCUCAUGCUUGACAACCCAUGUUCCGUCUUUAGGGAAUCCAGGUGCGUCCCCUUCGGAGCCUGCCCAACCAGCUGCCAUAUACCCGAUCGCCAAGAGAAAACCCCCAUUUCCAGGGAAAUAAGGCGGCGGAGAUGGAC